UAAACAUUUGCGGCAUUUUCCAACUUCACACACUUUCGCUGUUCUCUCUGUGAGCGAGCGCGUGAGAACCGACUAUUCCAACUCCUCUUGCUGGCUGCUAACGUGCGCGGGGGGCAGUAUUCGGCGCACUCUAAAGGAACUGAAGAACGAGGAGGAGAAGAGGGACCGGUGCGCACCGUAGCUAUCGCCAUACGGGGAACAGAUCGCGCGCUCUGUGUCUCCAAUUCGGCGUGCGUAUAAGUAGGCAUUUGGUUGUCCGUUGAAAGGAUUUGGGGCUUUAUUCAAUGGCCGCAUCAACGGCGAGAGCUCGAGCGGAUUACGAUUACCUCAUCAAGCUCCUCCUUAUCGGCGACAGUGGUGUGGGCAAGAGUUGUCUACUUUUGCGUUUCUCAGAUGGUUCCUUCACCACAAGUUUUAUUACCACCAUUGGGAUUGAUUUUAAGAUACGAACAAUUGAGCUGGAUGGCAAGCGCAUCAAACUCCAAAUUUGGGAUACUGCUGGUCAAGAACGGUUCCGAACGAUCACUACUGCAUACUAUCGAGGAGCCAUGGGUAUUUUGUUGGUUUAUGAUGUUACAGAUGAAUCAUCUUUUAACAAUAUUAGGAACUGGAUUCGAAAUAUUGAGCAACAUGCCUCCGACAAUGUAAACAAAAUACUUGUAGGGAACAAAGCUGACAUGGAUGAAAGCAAAAGGGCUGUGCCAACAGCUAAGGGCCAAGCACUUGCUGAUGAGUAUGGGAUUAAGUUUUUCGAAACUAGUGCUAAAACAAAUCUUAAUGUGGAACAAGUUUUCUUUUCAAUAGCAAAGGAUAUAAAGCAGAGGCUUGCAGACACCGACUCAAAGGCAGAGCCUACCACAAUCAAGAUCAACCAACCUGAAUCGGGAGCUACAUCUGGUCAACUCGCCCAAAAAUCUGCUUGCUGUGGUUCAUAAGGUGUCUAGUUGAAUACAGUCACUAGAAAAGGACUAACUUUGAUAUGACAAAUAUAUAUAUAUUGGGUGCUUGUAUUUUCUUACUUUAUUACGGAGUAUUUUGAAUCUUGUGUGACUGAUGAAAGAUAGUUUUUUUUUUUUUUUU